AUGUCACACUACGGUGGUGGAGGCUACCCUGGCCAGGGUCACUACGGUGGGCAGCAACACCACGGCGGAGGCGGCUAUGGAGGAUAUGGACAUCAACCACCACCACCGCCACCUCCCGGCCCUCCCCAGGGUUACGGCGGCGGCGGCUAUGACCAGCCUCCCAGUCACUACGGCGGCCAGCAAGGCGGCUACAACCGCCCUCCUCCCCCUCCUCCCCCUGGUGGUUACGACGGCGGUGCCGGCUACGGCCAAGGUCAUGGCGGCUACUUGGGCUCCUCCCGUCCGUCCAAACCACCUCCUCCCCAGCAUCCUCCGCCCCCAGGCCGUGAUGCCUACGGCUACCCUCUCCAUUCGGCUCCAUAUCCCGCUCGCCACGCUAGGUCCGGCCCGCCACCGCCCUCCGCCCCUCAGCAGUUCGGUCACGGUGCUCCCGAGGGCUACACGUUCCAGUACUCCAACUGCACGGGCAAGCGCAAGGCGCUCCUCAUCGGCAUCAACUACUUUGGCCAGGAUGGCGAGCUCAGGGGCUGUAUCAAUGACGUCCACAACGUGUCCACCUUCCUCAUGGAGCGCUACAACUACAGGCGCGAGGACAUGGUCAUGCUGACGGACGAUCAGAAGAACCCCGUCAUGCAGCCGACCAAGGAGAACAUUAUUCGCGCCAUGCAGUGGCUCGUAAAAGAUGCCCAGCCCAACGACUCCCUGUUCUUCCACUACUCUGGUCAUGGUGGACAGACGGAGGAUCUAGAUGGCGACGAGGACGAUGGCUUCGACGAGGUCAUCUACCCUGUCGACCACAAGCAGAACGGCCACAUUGUCGACGACGAGAUCCACUGGCGCGUUGUCAAGCCUUUGCAGCCAGGUGUCCGUCUCACAGCCAUCUUCGACUCGUGCCACUCGGCCUCGUGCAUGGACCUGCCAUACAUCUACUCCACAAAGGGUGUUCUCAAGGAGCCCAAUCUCGCCAAGGAGGCCGGAGAGGGUCUUCUCGACGCGGUCAAGGCCUAUGCGUCGGGCAACAUUAUGGGCGUCGGCAGUGCCGUCUUUGGCUUUGCGAAAACUGCGUUUACGGGUGACGAAGCGUACCAGAAGACCAUUGAUACCAAGACGAGUCCAGCCGAUGUCGUCAUGUGGUCCGGCAGCAAAGACGACCAGACAUCGGCGGAUGCUACCAUCAACGCCAAGGCCACGGGCGCCAUGUCGUAUGCUUUCAUCUCGGCGCUCAAGGCGAAUGGAGACCAGACCUACGUCGAGCUGCUCAACAGCAUCCGCGACAUUCUAGAAGAUGGGUACUCGCAGAAGCCGCAGCUGUCGUGCAGCCAUCCAUUAGGUAUGCAUCUGUCUCUCUUUGGGCCAGAUGGACAACAACUGACUUUGGUAGAUACCGACCUGAAAUUCGUAAUGUAG